UACGUGAGGCGAGAGAGAGACACUGCGACCUGGACGCUGCCUCUGCCUCCAGUCUCAUUCAUCCUCCAGAAUAAACACUUCAUCUCUUGUGCUGACAUGUGAAAGACAACACGCGAGGUUCCACGAGCUGAAGCUCCACUUCUGUCGGCGAGUUUAACGACUGCAGAACUUUAAAGAGCAAAAAGACGAUGCGCGGCGUCAGCUUCGCUCUCUCUCUUCAGGUGCUGCUGCCGCUGAUGUGCGGAGCCGUCGCGGUGCAGCAGCAGCAGCUGCCGGGGAGCUGCAACUUCGAGCUGGGCACCUGUGGCUACGCGUCAGACCCGGAGUUCGGGAGGUGGACGAUGAACGAGGAAGGGCAUUUGAUAACAGUGGACUCAGCCUUCUUACGUGACCAGGAGCAGGCGGUCAUCAGUCCAGUUUUGGACCAGCAGGACUGGAGCUGCGUGAGGCUGGUGUACCAGAUCACUGGACGAGGCUCGCUGCAUCUCCACCUCAGACCAGACAGCGAUAACUUUGACUACAGGCUCUGGAGCGCGGACAAAGCUUCAGACAGCUGGCUCAUCUCCAGUGUGGACCUCCCCAACAGCACGGUGCCCUAUCAGAUUCUGCUGGAAGGUCGACCCGAGCGUGGCUCAGGGAACAGCAUCGCUAUCUUUGAAAUUCACAUCGUUCCUGGUUACUGCAUAGAGUGUAACUUUGAGGAGCAUCACCUGUGCGGCUUCAGCAACGACUGGAACCCAAAUGUUAACUGGUACGUUGGGGGGAGCGCCGUGACCGAAUCUGUGUCCAACCUGCUGGAAGAGCACGUGAGCAACAACCAGAGAGGUCACUACAUGUAUGUGGACUCUCUGUACGUCAAGCACUUCCAGGAAGUGGCCAAGCUGGUUUCACCCAUGACCACGGUGCCCAUGGCCGGCUGUCUGACCUUCUUCUACCACCGAGACCAGGAGAGGGGAAACAUCUUCUCGGUCUUUACUAGGGACCAGCUGGGCCACUACGAGGAGAUCUGGAAACCAGAGGUGUACGUGACCCCAGGCUGGACCCUGGUCAAUGUAGAUAUGAAGGCACCACAGCCCCUGGAGGUGGUGUUUGAAGUUGCUUUUAACAGUGCCAGAGGUGGAUACGUGGCCAUAGACGACAUCUCCUUCUCCCCUGAAUUCUGCCACAGAGACACAGAGCCAAGCGUUGAUCCAUCAAUAGCAAACUGUGAUUUUGAGGACGGCUUGUGUCAGUACUAUCAGGAGACAACUGAGACGAAGGUGUGGAGCAGAGUCUCUGUUAAGCCUAAUGCCUACAGGAUAGGAGACCAUACCACAGGCUCCGGCUGCUUCCUCAUGGCAGACCCCCGCCUCACUUCCAGGCCUGGUUACGUGGGCCGGCUCCACGGGCCGCUCCUACCGGGGAACCACAAAUACUGCCUGAGGUUCUACUACCUGAUCCAUGGCUUCAGAAGCGUAGACGGCGGCCUGCUCCUUUACAUCUAUGACGAGAACAACGUGGCGCUGGAGAAGGUGUGGAGCCUGCCUGACAGCAGCAGAGCCGUGUGGACGCAGGUGGAGGUCACCUUCGCGAAGCCCAUGCGUUCCAAGGUUGUGUUUGUCAGCAUAUGCAUGAACCUGUGGGACUGUGGCCUGGUGGCUGUGGACGACAUCACGGUCAGCCUGGGCGACUGUCAGAUCACAACAGGCUCCCUCCCUGGACAGUGCAGCUUUGAGGACGGGCUCUGUGGCUACACGCAGGAUGAGACCCAAGACAAGGCCAAGUGGCUGCGUGUCCGGGGCCACACGCCCACCUCCUACACGGGGCCCAGAGGAGACCACACCACAGGGGUGGGCUAUUUCAUGUACAUCGAGGCCUCACUCAUGCGUCCGGGCCACAAAGCUCGGCUGCUGACCUCUGACCUGCGAGGCUCCUCGUCCUCCCAGUGCCUGGUCUUCUACUACCACAUGUACGGCUCAGGCGUGGGCGUCCUCAGCGUGCUCCUGCAUCACGGCAGCUGGGAGCAGGACGCGCUGAUGUGGAGGCGGCGCGGUGAGCACAGCGUCAGCUGGAUGAGGGCCACGCUGGAGUACCACUGUGAGGGCCGGCACCAGAUCAUAUUUGAAGCGAUCCGCGGGCCGUCACUACGAAGUGACAUUGCUAUUGAUGACAUCAGUUUUACCACAGGACCGUGUGAAGAUGCCGGUGAUGUCACUCCCUACUCAGGCUCCUCAGAGUACAUCAACGAGAUUGAGAAAUGAGAGCAGUGUGACGUGACGAGUGCCUGUUAGGUUGUCGGCGCUGGUGUGUUAACGUGUGAAGCCAUCGGCCCGGCACGACAAUCUGCAGCCUUGUUGAGCGAAGCUUGUGUCAGGACCACAGCCUUCGGGUGCUGCUCAUCGAUGGCCUCUCAUCACGGUGGAUGGGAUUUAUGCAGUGUUUUCAUACAAACAUCACACUUAUGAUGCUCAGUUACAGUUACAGACUCUAUGCACAAGCCCUUAUCUCCAUAUAUACAGUAAUGUAAUAAUAAUGUGUUAGCCUAGGUACACAUUCAUUCAUCUGACUAACCCACUGUGACCUCAGUAGUAAACAUGUAGACACGUCACCAUGGCAACAGUUCCAACAAACACAAAGCAUGUAAUAUGAGUAAUAGAGUAAUUCAGUGGCAGACAGUGUGGUUUGUUGUGAGGAAAGCAACACACAACGGCUGGCUGGACACAAGCUAAAUGCUAAUAGCUUUCAUUUCAAGCUCACUAUGUAGCUGUUCCACUGGGACAAAGGACACGAGUCCAGCAUUAAGUCACAGUCUAUUAGUCACAUGUUGGUUUGUUUUAAGGUGCUGGAAACCUUCACUUUAAGUCUGAUCCAUGAUCUCUCAUUAGCAUCUAGUGUUUCUUCUGUUUGCUUCUCUACUAAACCUGUCUGAGGUUCACCACAGCCACCACAAUGUAGCCCAUUAAAGAAUCAAACCAGUUCACGA